AUGGCUGCACAUCCCUACUAUCCAAUCGACCUCGAAAUCGUGGGGUAUAUAGCCAAUGAGUGGGAUACCCUGACUCUAGUAUCGCUCUUCGCCUCAGGAUGCGCCGCUAUCUUUCUAGUGACCUACCUACUCGUGAUGAAAGUUCACCCGAAGAUAUCAACCCAUGAUCUAUGGACCAUCAUGUGGUUUGUCUUAUGCGGAUGCAUCCAUCUCUUCUUCGAAGGAUAUUUCGCCUACAAUUUCAGGCGCAUGCCAAGCAUGCAGGACCUAUUUGGACAGCUUUGGAAAGAAUACUCGCUUUCGGACUCCCGGUAUCAAACACAGGACGCCUUCGUUUUAUGCAUGGAGACCGUCACUGCUGCCUUCUGGGGACCUCUGUCAUUCGUUCUUGCAGGCAUGAUCAUGACCAGCCAUCCUCUACGGUAUCCACUACAAGCUAUUGUAUCUCUCGGUCAGCUCUAUGGUGAUAUUCUCUACUACGCGACGUGUCUUUUUGACAACUAUAUCCUCGGCCUUGAGUACUCGCGGCCCGAAGCUGCGAUUUUCUGGGGAUACUUUGUGCUUUGUAAUGCCUUUUGGAUUGCGAUUCCGCUCCGUGAGUUUCACAAUGCUUAUAACAGGUCAUUUUCCUAA